ACUAAUCGUUUUAUUUUCUCUCCAUUUUGGUUUUUCUUUGACUGUUAGAACAAGAUAGAUCCCUAAUCUUGAUCUAGGGUUUACUUCAAUUCCACCACCAAACCAAUCAACAACCUACGCCACACCUCCUCCUACCUUCAGAUCUCUAUAAUCCAUAACUCCACUCUCAUUCAUCUUCUCAAACAAGCAACGUGCUUGAUCAAUAAUUCAUUCAGAUUUUGAUUUGAACUCGGAGUAAUCAAUGGAAUCUGAAGAAGUUUUGAAGGCUGUUUUCCCUUUACUGGAGGGUGUUGACCUUGCUUCUUGUAUGGCUGUAUGUAAGCAGUGGAAAGAGAUAGCUAAAGACGAUUUCUUUUGGAAAUGUUUGUGUGCCAAAAGAUGGCCAUCAAUCUGCAAACGACCUAAUCCUCCUACGCUAACCUACUACAAAUUGUACAAAACCUUCCAUAAACGCCAGCAACGCAGAACUCUUCUCCCACCAAGAAUUUCUUUUGAUGAUUUGGAGUUUUUCAUUGACAUUUGGGCUGAAAAUUUACUUCUCUUCUCAGAAGUGGUACCUGGCUCUGUCCUGCAAUCAGGUUUUAAAAGUCCAUCAUCUGGAGUAUGUGACUUGCUCAAAUUUCACCUUGAGGGUUCUGAAUACAAGAUGACUUUUCCAGUUGAACCUAGGUUUACUAUCCCUUCAGGACAAAAUCAGAAUGUUAGCGUCUCUGUGAUGGUUGGGCGGAAGGAUACAAAUAAGGUUGCACGCAUCAUAAAUAAGUCCAUGUUUGAUUAUAUUGAUCGGUCAUCGUAUAGAGCUUUGGCAUUUGAUUACCUAGACAUAUCCCCUGGCUACCCCUUUUUGUCCGGCAUCCGGGCAUGGAUCUCUUUGCUAUUCAUGGAAGAUGUAAAAGAAGAUCUUAUGGAUGUAUUUGGGAUCCAAAUGGAUUUCUGUGAUGUGGCAAAUUCUAAGGAAGAAGUGUUGUGGCUAAUGGACAUGCUAGAUUGGAAGUGAAUGUUAAAAGUGUGAUGUUCCCAGCAUUGCCUCAGAAAUAAUUGCACAUUGUGGUUUCAUGUUAACUUGUUUUGUUGAUAUAUUUGUGUGCAUUACAAGGUUUUACAAUCUUUUUAUCAGCACAAAUUUGUAUAAUUGGUCGUUGUUGUUAAUAUCUUGAAUUUUUGGGUAUGUAAAUACUCUAUAACUUCCUUGUCACUAAUAAAUGCUUUUAUUUUUAUUUUUUA